UCCCCACCCCCCGCCCCCCUCCGACUGCCACUCAAACCACAACCACCACAGUCCUGGGCAGCGUCGCUCGCAGAGGCGGCGGGGCCACGGAGAGAGAAGGGACGAGGAGGAAAGAAGACGAGGAGGAGGGAUCUAGAAGAUAUUUGAGAAGAUUGCGAGGAGGAGAAAAGCAGACGAAGUUUGUGUUUAAAGACGAGAGAGAGAGAGAGAGCAGCACGGCCGGGAUGGUUUCCCGCUCGCUGGGCCUCGCGGUGCGGCUGCUACUCGUGGCGUGCGUGCCCACAGCGGACGGACUACUCGGGCGAGGAGCAUCAGCACAGGCCGAGGGAGUACUCGAGACUUGGCCGCUACGGGAAGGAGGGGGAAUACUCGAGGCGAUGUCUGCCCAGAAAAUUUCUCUCUCCACGCACAGAAGUGCGGGAUGCAGCCGAGAGAGCAGCAGACCCAUCCGGUUUGAGCCGCCCAUGCUGGAUUUUCACGAACAGCCGGUGGGCAUGCCGAAGAUGGAGACCGUUUUCCUGCACAACCCCAGCGCAGAGGAGACGAUAACGUUAUUAUCAAUAUCGGCGACCACGUCACAUUUCCACGCAUCCUUUUUUCAAAAUCGGGUAAUUCCGCCCGGAGGAAACACAUCCUUCGAGGUGGUGUUCCUGGCGCGGGUCGUGGGGAACGUGGAAAACACACUUUUUAUAAACACGUCCCGCCACGGGGUCUUCACCUACCAGGUGUUUGGCGUGGGUAUCCCCAACCCGUACCGGCUGCGCCCGUUUGUUGGGGCGAGAGUCCCCGUCAACAGCAGCUUUUCGCCGCUCAUAAACAUCCACAACCCGCACAGCGAGCCGCUGCAGGUGGUGGAAAUUUACUCCAGCGGAGGGGACCUUCACCUAGAACUUCCAACGGGUCAGGCAGAAGGCCCCAAAAAAUUAUGGGAGAUCCCGCCGUUCGAAACCAAAGCGGUGAUGCGGGCGAGCUUCGUGUCACGCGAGGCCGACAACCACACGGCGUUCAUCCGAAUCCGCACCAACGGCAGCGAGCCGCACCAGUACCUCAUCCUGCCUGUGGAGGUGGAGGUCACCACAGUGCCAGGAAUAUAUUCAUCAAUAGAGAUGUUAGAUUUUGGUACAUUAAGAACACAAGAUACUCCAAAAACAUUAAAUUUGUAUUUAUUAAAUUCGGGAAGUAAAGACGUACCAAUCACAAGCGUUAAAUUAUCACCACCCAAUGACGCGGUGUCCGUGGAAUUCAAGCCCAUAACGCUGAAAGCGCAAGAAAGAAAAUACGCAAAAGUGGCUAGUGUUACAUACGAUCCCUCAAAGGUCAAGAGGCCACUGCAGUCAUCGGGAAAAAUUGUCGUGAAAGCAAAAGAAAAAUCGUACCCAAAGCUGGAAAUAGUUUAUCAAGCAGAGGUGCUAGAAGGGUACCUGGGCUACGACCAGGCGGCCACUCUGUUCCACGUGAGGGAGGGUGAGAUGGAGCCGUCGGAGCGGCCCGUGUGGCUCACAAACACCUUCAACUUCUCCAUCAUCCUGCACAAUGUGUCGCUGCCUGCCGACGUUCUGCACAUGCUGCAGGUGAAGAAUUUCAGCCGGGCGGUGCUGCUACGACCCCAGGAGAGCUGCUACGCCUUCUCGCUUGCGUUCACGCCGGCGCCGCUCGACCCUCUGGGCGCAGUCCCCGCCGGGCUCGCCACUAACGUCGUGCUCGCGACCAAUGCCUCGCACUUCCAGCUGCCCGUGCAGGCCUACACAGGCUUCCUCAGCCAUGUGGUGCUGCCCCCGAGCCUGCAGGAGAGCCAGCUGGAGUUCGGGGUGCUGGGGGCGGCCGACACGGUGCGAGCCACCGUGCUCAUCCUCAACAGCAACCCCAUAGAGCUGGAGCUGAAGGGCUGGCAGGUGAUCGGGGAGGGCCUGACUGCCGAGCUGCUCGGGGUGGAGCGUGGCAACCGCACCACAGCGCAGGCCGCACCAGACCUCGAGAACCGGCAGCCCGAGCCACACCAGAGACCGGUCACGCUGCCGCCGGGCCACUACGCGGCGCUGAGGGUGACGCUGAGCGGCGCGGGUCGGGAGGGAACGGUGGAGGGAGCGCUGCAGGUCUCCACCGCGUACGAGAUUUUGACGAUCCCCGUCAUGGCAGUCAUUGCUGUGGGCUCGCUCAGCAGCCUCCCCUCCCACGUGCAUCUGCAAGCCUCAUUCCCGGGCAAGGUGGUGCAGCAGUCCGUGUGGGUGGCGAGCUCGUUCUCGCGUGCCGUCCGCGUGGAGGCCGUGCGCCCCCUCGGCACCGACUCCCGUUUCUACUUCCGCCGCGCCGAGGACGGCCCGGAGGAGCUCGAGCCGGGGCAGAAGACCAAGAUCGGGAAUAUUUAUUUUAAUGCAAGCGCAGCUUGUGAUACGGACUGUUACGUUGGAGCGGGCGUGCGGUGGCAGGACAACCUGAAGAAGGAGCCGGCAGACACUGACUCUAAGCUCUUCCGCGAGCUUCAACGCCGCUGGGCGUCCAUGCGUGAGCGAGGGCUGCACAGGCUGGAGGCGGGCUUCGAGGUGGACACCGACCUGUACAAGCAGGUGCCGGUGAGGGUGGUGGCACAGCUCACGUGGCCCUCGCUCGUCAACACGUCCGGCAGGCCGCUCACCUUCCCGCUCACCAAUCGCAACACCAGCUCCGUGGAGGAGCUGAUUUUAGAGAAUCUGGCCGACGUGCCGGUCGUGUGCCAGGUGUUCCCCGUGCGCUGGUACCCAAGUCCUGGCACGGCCGUACGGCUGCUGUCUGAGCGGCUAAACCUCGAAAAAUACAACGUAAAUGAAACCUCAGGAGUUUUCUCAGUGAUUUCAGAUAUAACACAGCCGGGGGCGUCCGGCGGUUCGCCCCUGGUGCGGGUGGAGCUGGGCCCCGGGGAGCGCCGCACGAUCGGCGUUCGCUUCACGCCGACCAGCAACCGCACCGAGACCACGCUGAUCCUCAUCAGGAAUAACCUGACGGUGUUGGACGGCGUCGUGGUGUCGGGUCGCGGCGUCAACGAGGCACUCCGUCUCGCCGGCCGCCCCCCAGGCCCCAAUGCCUCCCUCCGAUUCAAGGUCACUGAGGCGGUGCUCAGGGACUGCACUGACAAGUCUCGGCCGAAGCAGCCGACGUUCACGCUGAUGCGCACGUUCCGCGUGGAGAACGUGGGGCCGCUGCCGCUGCACGUGGCAGCGCCCGAGGUGAGCGGCCUCCGCUGCGAGGGCUACGGCUUCCGCGUCGUCGACUGCUCCGUCUUCGUACUGGAGCCCAACGCGACGCGUGACAUCGUCAUCGCGUUCACGCCGGACUUCACGGCGUCACGCGUCAUCCGGGAGCUGCGGCUGCGAACGGUGCGCGGCUCCGAGUUUACCUUCGUGCUCAACGCCUCGUUGCCUUACCACAUGCUGGCCACGUGCGCCGAGGCCCUGCCACGGCCGAGCUGGGAGGCCUUCCUCUACGCCGCCGUCCUGGGCCUUGUCGUCGUGACGCUGCCGUGCGUGCUGGUCGUGGCCUUCAUGGACGCCCAGGAGCAGUGGCGCCAGUUCCGUGAGCAGCAGCAGGCGGAGGCGGAGCAAAGCCUGUGCGAGGGCCUCACCGAUCGACCGUUCGACCUCCGCAAGAUCGGCGCCUCCCUCAUGCAGGAGCACAGCAUGCUGGCACAAGAGAGCGCCGCUCCUGGAAGGGGGCGAGGGCUCCCGUCCACAAGCAGCGUCGCCACGCAGAGAAACUCCGCAUCCAGGCAGCACCAGCACCACCACAGCCAGCACCACCACCAGCAGCAUGGCACCGACAACCACCAGACCCGCGGCGGCACGCUCGGCGGGCAGCAGACGGGCUUUGGCAGUGCCAGGGGCAGCCCCGGCAGCGCUGGCGCCUCCAGGGGCAGCUCAGGUUCCGGCUCGUCCACGUCCAUGGCGCCGCCACCGCAUAGAAGCGGGAAUGGUGGCGGCUCGGAGUACGGGACUGCGGGAAAUACCGCUCCGCAGGGGCCAUCCGGGAAAAAACAGCGCAAUGCCAAAGUUCAGAACAGUGGUGGCGGUGGCGGCGGCGGCGGCGGCAGCAACGGCAGCAACAGCAAUCACCACAGUCAUCAGCAGCAGACGAAUCAGCUGCCGCACACGACACAGCAGAUGCGGAACCAGCCGAGCCCCGUGCCAGAGACGCUCACGCACCAGUGCGGCACGCAGACGCCGGAAAAAGACGAGCGGGCGCUGGACAUUCAAGCGGCGCAACUCGGGACGUUUUCAGACGAUGUCGCGGACUCGGGCUACGAGAGGAAGGGUUCGAUGGAUGCGGGGAGAUUGGAUGAGCCGGAGCCGGAGGUGGUGGAGGCGGAGGCACUGGAGGAGGAGGAAGAGGAGGAGGAGGAAAGGGGCGAGCGCGAGGGAUCGGAGCAAUCGACGACGGUGACUACGGCGAUGGAGGCGCUCGUGGGCGAGAUGGACGGAGAUGAACCGUCGCACUCCAAGCGCAGCAGCCGAGGAAAGAAGACGGUCCAGCGCAAGGUGGCCAAGCUGCAGAAGCGACGCGAGGACCGCGAGCGGCGCGUUGCCGGGCGAGGCGACGACGACGACUCGUCGUCCACGACCACCGAGGCCUCCAACCCCGACCUGGAGCCACCGCACCCCCACAAGGCCUCCGAACAGCUGCUCAAGCCAAGGAGCCAGGUCUCUCCUCCAGCACGUAAACUUAGCGCAGACGGCGGCUACGGUAGCAGGGCCAGCGGUGCCGGGGGGGGGGUGUCCAUCGCGGCGAUGACGGCGGCGGUGACGGCGGCGGUGACGGCGGCGGCGGCGGUGGCUGCCACAAGUGGUGGCGGCCCCAGGAAGAAUAAUGGCGGCUCUCGGCGCGACCCCUAUGCUGACCUGCGGGAGCCCAGCUCCCUGGAGCUGCCCUACACGACGCAGUUUGAGCAGCGGCAGCGCAGGAAGGACUCGUCGGGAUUCUCCGGCAAGCCAGCCAGUGGCUCCUCCCUCAAGGCCGACGUGAACCCUCGCAACAGCAAGCAUGGCAGCUUCACCAAACAGCGCGGCAAAGGAAGCGGCGGUCCGAUGGGUGCCCGCGGCAGCUUUGGCCUGAGCACGGUGGGCACAGACAGAGGUGGUGGUGGCGGCAAUGGCAGCGGUGGUGGCAAGACCUCCCCGGCGUUCGCGUCGGACCCAGAGAGCAGCGGCACGGCGAGCCGGACCAACAGCAGUUCGGAGGGGGAGAAGGACCAUUCCCCUCCACCCGAGUGGGACCUCCCAUCCAUGGCGGGCAAAGCCAGCAGCUCCACGGACAGCCUUCACCAGCUCUCCCUGCAAACGCUCAACGCCGAACCGCUUCUCAACAGGCAUUCUCGCGGGUCGCCCGUAUCGGGUCCUUCCUCGCCAGCACCAACUCAGCAGGGGGCCAGUUACAGCAGCGUUGUCGCGAGCAACGGUGACGUCGGAAUGAAGCCAAAUGGCAGCGCCGGGCACGCUGUGAAGGGGAAGUUGACGAAAGCUACUUCACUUCCUGGGAGGAACGGAAACCCCACGUUUGCCGCUGUUGCUGCUGGACACGAGAAGAUGAUUGCAGCUCCACUGGCUGACCCCAGGAAGGCGGUGCUGGAGAAGUCCAACUCCACUGGCAGCCUGAUGCUGGAGGAGCCCUGUGGCUUGGUAGAGCCUACCGUUCCCAGGGAUGAGGUGCUGGCCAGCAGUGUGAACGCGUACAGGGCCAGUGUGUUCACUCAGUCGCCCCCUUACACUCCGCCGCUCACCUUCUCCGCCUUUGGACCUUCCAACUCCUUCGACCUCAGCGGAGUGUUGGGCCGCUCUCGCUCCGGAUCGGGCCCCCAAAGCUCCGUGGGCAGCAUCGGCAGCGGCCUGGCCGUAUGGGCCGCCAACUACAACUGCGGCCCGUCCGGCGGCGAUGGGAGCUCCCCGCCGGCCUCGGUGGCUCCCCCAGCCGUCAUGUCCGCCCCCCCGUGCUCGGCCCCGUCCUCGCGAUGCUCGUCGGCCUCUCCGUGGAGCGUCCUGCUGACCGACUCGCGUCCCUCCCAGGGGCUGUGGUCAACUGGGCCUUCCUCGCCCACCAGCCCCACCAGCUCGCCACUGCUGAUGGGCGCAUCCAACAACAUGUGGACUCACCCUUUCGGCUCCAUCUGGUCGACUCCGGGCGACACCGGCCUCACGCUCAGCGUUUCCACCGCGCCUGGCCACCACCACCACCACCCGACGUCGCCCUCGUCUCACCCGUCCGCCGUGGCCCCACCGCCGCCCGGCUCCGCCCUCCCGCUGUCGCUGCAGGCCUCCUCCUCGUCAAACUCCUCGUCGUCGUCAAACUCCUCGUCGUCCUCCUCUCCGUUCGCCGGCCACCCUGGCUGCCAGUCGGGCAUCGUGGGUCGCGGCGCCGGCGAUCGCCUGGUUCCGGCGCCGCACCCCGCUCACGGCGAUGCGGCGCUGGCGCCGUUCAACCCGUUUGGGUGCAGUGGCCUGGAUAACAUCUGGAGGCCCGGCCCUCCUCCUCCAGCCGCUCAGCGCCGCUCCCCGUGGGAGCUUCCCGACGCCUGACCGAUAUUUCACCGUGUCCAUGAGCACUUUAACGAGCAUCGUCGUGGAAACCGAUCACGAAUUGUGGGGGGGGGGGGGGGGGGGGGGGGGUUUUGGGUUGUUUUUUUUUUUUAAAGGUGUUUCAGAGUGAUUAAGGGAAAUUGUUACAUUGUGUUGAAAUGGAAAUCCCGCUAGAUUUCCAAAAACAAAGUUUGUUUAUUUUAUUUUUACCUUUUGGAUGUUAAGUAAAAUGAAAUCCGACAGUUGAAAGGUAUUUUGUUGUUUUUAAACUUAUUUGAAUAUUUCACUUUGCAAGAAGGACAAACAUCUUGAGCAAAUUUAACAUAUAAUAGCAUAGGAAGGUAACAUGACACAGGAAGCUUAACAGCAUGUCAACUUAAAGAUGUUGACAUGACAGAAAUGUGAUUAUACAUGAGUAUGCCCAAAACACUCGCUUAUCUCUAACCCGCAGCUAAAUAAUACCUCAGGGUUUAUGGUUGGAAGUAUAUUUGGUUUGUGAUCGGUUGCCAUGACGAUAGGCUGUUAAUGACACACACGACGACGAUGAUUUCUGCUAACUGCUCUUUUUCUCAUCUUGCUCUCUUCCCUGCUCUGUCAGCUUCACCUGCCGACCUCUGCACUGCUGCACCCCCUGGCCUUGAUCUCUGAUGAGACGAUAGAUUUAUCAAACGCCUAAUUAUUCCGGAAUAAAUGAGAGAAAACAAAAGCAAACAACACCGCAACGCACCUAACGCCAAAUACUUGUUGAUGAGAUUAUGCGACGAAACGGGAGUAAAAAGCAUUUGGUGGUGCAGAUUCAGAUGUAGACCAGUUCUAGUCAGGGUGUUUGGAACUGUGGUGACAUGGUUUACAAGAACCCGGCUUCUGUCUGCCCGCUCGAGUUGGCAUUGUUGAGCGGGUGGUGACGAGAGAGGUACGGCACACACAUUAUUUUUUAUUCUUAUUGUUAUUAUUAUGCCACAUCUGUGAGAGGCAAUUGACGUGACUAAGCCAUCAGACCGUCGGAGACACCUUUCAGUAUUACGCUGUCCGGGAACUGACAUCGAGGAGGGGGAAAGAUGUUAUUCUCAAUUAUUUCACGGUUCUCUCGUUUUUAAAUCAACGCUGAGCUGGUGAAAGCGAAAGUGAUGUCGAUGUUGGUAAUAAAUAACAUCCCUUAUUUUUUACAUAAAUAACAAUGCAGCAUAAGGAUACAAGCAUAAUUGGAAUUAAAUGUUUCCAAAGUUUAGCAGUUCCCAAGUUCGUAGAGGUGGUCGUAAUUUCCUCAUGAGUUCCCUCACGAAAACGGGAAAUUGAUUUAUGGUUGCCCUGUUCAGAUGCAAGAUGACACCACCACCGCUUUCGAAAAUUUGGGGCUGUGGCUCAAGCAGGGCUCUUUAAAAAAGAAAUUUGAAAUAAAGUUAAUGUGUUGAUGACAUCUUUAAGAAACAAGGCAAAAGUUGUAACAAACGCCAACAUUUUGGGUAAUGAUGCGUCUUGUUUUGGAAGAGGGAGGCGUGCCGCAAAGCUUCACGAUGGCAAGGCCUUCCCUUUGCGUUCCAUCGCCAAGCACAAAAUGGCAUUCGACUUUCCCGCCAUUUUUUUUGUCGAAUUACUUUCUUUGGGUUGCACUUCUCUUCUUUUUUUGAAAAUAAACCUUUUUCCAAAAAAUGAAAA